UUCUAGCUACCCCUGCCACUAUAUAGCUCGCCAUGGUGGUUGCACUGCAGCAGCAGAUCACAAGACGCUGUAAAUCAAUUCAAGUUGAGGGCAGCCAUUAAUUAUAGAUCUAACCAUGGAAGCUCCUUCCAUCUUCCAGGUCGACGAUCGCAUGCGCUCCAAAAGAAGAGAAGCGUUCGAGCCUCAGAAGAUAGCGUUGGGGCCCUACCACCCUUCCUGGCCACCAGUCAACCAGCUGAAGGACCAGGCGUGCAGGAAGCUGGUGGACAGAAGCAGAUGGAGCCGCGACGCCUUCACCAACGCCGUGCUCAGCAAAGAAGCGGAAGCGAGCAAGUGCUACAGAUGGGACGGCGGCCAUCCUCCAGCCAGCCAGGCCUUCAGAGACAUGCUCUUGUUAGACGGCUGCUUCUUGCUGGAGAUCAUCAGCGGCAAGAUCAUCAGCUCCGUCCCUUACUUGGAGCACCAGCAGAUGCUGAUGGACGUGCUGAAGCUCGAGAACCAGAUCCCGAUGGUGGUGCUGCGGGAGCUCUACAAGUUUGAGCACAGCAACGACCGGGUGGAAGAGUUGCUUCUCAACUUCUUGUUCACGCCCGCCAACUACUCGGGAAUGUUCGCUCGUCUGCUUCAGAAGAUGCACGACGCGAGCCAUGUUCUUGACGCCAUGAGAAUCAAGAUGUUUCCCGGCAUGAUCUUGACCAAAGGAGCAGAGCCCGGACUGUUGUCUCUGCGGAAGAGCGCUUCCACCAAGCCAGGCUUUGCCUUCGCCGCCCUCUACAGUGCCACGGAACUCCUCGAUGCUGGCAUCGUCCUGUCGCCCGACAGUUCCGGCGCAGUAGAGUGGGCGGAGGACUCCUCCACCCUCAGCCUUCCUCCCGUCACCGUCGCACCGGGAAUGGACGUCCUGUUUCUGAACAUGGUGGCCUUCGAACGCGGCACCGGCGACUGGCGGCAGCCGGCGACCUCCUGCUUUCGGCUCUUCAAAGACCUAGUGCGCACCGCCGACGACGUUCGAGCUCUGCGCUCUAAAGGCGUCCUUGUCAACGCCCUCCCCACGGACGACAGCGGGGUGGUGGACUUCUUCCGGGAGCUCAAGCUGGGCGACGACACCUACGACGUCGAUAUGCUGUGCGGCACUAAAAUGGCGGUGAACGCUAAAGUGGGCUCGAGAAAGAUGGCUCGAUAUUCUUCCAUCGGCAACGCCUGCUUCAAAAUGCCAAGCCCUUCCGAGUCCCUCGCCUUUGCCGCUGGCCUGGUUUUGCUUCUGCAAACGGUUCAUCUCAUCCAACUUUAUACCAACUCUCCUAAGAGCACUUGAAAAAUUCAUAUACAUCUAUACUGUGAUACCUUACGACUGUAUACUCCCAUAAGUCAUAUGCAUUUGUUUUACUUGACCGGUUGCCAUGUCAAUUGGUUUAAUGACUUCAAAUAAAUCUUGCAAAUAUUGUUCUUGAUCC